UCGAUCGGAUUUCAAGCACCCCCACCGUACCACUACUCAUGAACAGUAUCAUGUUUUCAAGGCAGCGAAUUGACGUACGCUUAUAACAUUAUUGAAAUAUUAUGGGCAUUUCACGAUUUUUUUAUUUUGCAGAAUUAUUAAGAUUAUACAGCUGGGUGCAUAGUUCCUGAUAAGUGUAUCCAUCAAGCAUGUGAUUUAAUUUAUUGCGGAAGAUUUCAUAUAAUAAUUGACUUGGUUUCCCAAUGCCUCAGUUUGCCUGUAUUAGGGCAUCAUGGUACUGGAGAACUUUCCGUUCAGCCCGUACUGUUGCCAGCAUGCCCGACUAUCAAGAAAUUUGUACAAAUAUCUGCUUGACCAUGCUGGUUGUGGGCGGAAUGUCUUGAUUUCGCCAUUCUGUGCCGAGAUAACUUUGCUGGCGUUGUACACUGGCGCAGACGACAGAAAAAACGCGGACAUUGAGAAGUUGUUGGGUGUGGACGCCAUGGCAAUGGCGGAAAGAAUAUCUACUGAACUGCGGCAACUGAAACUGGAUGAAGACAAAAACUGUCAACCUAACAAUCCUGAAGGGAAAGAUGAAAAUUUUCGUCUUUAUUUGGCCUGUGCCGUACUGCUGCCACCAAAUGCUCCUGCGCAUCAGCCCUAUGCAGACAAGUUCAGCAAAAUAUUGAAUCCUGAAAUUCUGCCAAUGAUUUUUUCCGAAAACAUAGAUCGUCUGACAGAAUUCAUCCAACAACAUACUUUGGAAAGCGUCAGAGACGUAGUGUUUCCUGCGACUCCACCAGGAAAUGCGGUGGCUGUAAACGCGCUUCAUUUUCGCUCCAACUGGCACCGGCCAUUUGGUUUACACCGAACAUUCAAAAUGGAAUUCACGGCGGCGGACGGCUUUCGUCGGGAAGUGGAUACGCUACACGGCAAGCUAAAAUGUCCGUGCUGGAUACCGGACGACAUGGGCGGGGCAAAAUUCCUGGAGGUGCCCUUCGAAGACGACUGGUGGAAAGCGAUUUUUGUACUGCCCGGAAAAAAGCGCUGCCCUUGUUUUGGAAAGCGCUUCAGGACCCUGAGUGAGCUGACUGAUUUGCUGACACCAGAAAAAUUGACAACGAUCAGUCAACAGUUGAGAUACCACACCGUUCAAGAAGUCACCGUUCAAAUUCCAAAAUUUCGAAUAGCAAAACAAGUACAGUUGGAGACUGUGCUGAGUGAGCUUGGAGUCAGAAUGCCUCUCAAUGAACUGAGCAAACCUUUGCGUGUAACUUCGUUUUUGCAGAAAAUUAGCUUUUCAUUGGAUGAGCGUGGAGUUGGAGACGCGCUGCCGAUCAAACCAGAAAGAAAAAUCUUAGAAAACAUGGAUUACUUCCCACCAUACAAGGCUGAAUUCAUUGCCAACCGGCCGUUUGCUUUUUUUGUUCGUCAUUACUUGAAUGGUCAGAUUUUGUAUAUUGGGCAUGUUACUGACCCAGCUGUUUUAAUGUAAGACUUGCUUACUGCUCUUGCACACGAACGAUAUUCCUAAAGACCUGGCAGUGAAAUGAGUGAAAGCGACGUAAACAAAUCCUUGGGCUGCCUAAAAAAUUUCUAUAAACCUUUGGUCGAUAAUUCGAACUUUACUGAACUUUUACGGGAUCACUUAAUCGUCACAGUACUGGCAGUACCUUGCACAAAGUGAUGACUUUACAGCGUUUCACGGAUUCACGGCAUCUGGAAGUAAAAAG